UUUCAGUUUCGAGUCCGUGCAGCUGCCUGCGAGCGGAGCCAGCCAGCCAGUCAGAGCUAGAGCCAGAGCCAGUGCCAGAGCCAGUGACUCGGCCGAGUGCAGAAGUUUAGCAAAGCAAAGCAAAGUAAAAGCAAACAAGUGCAGUUUGUGUUGUGUUACUGUGCGAGCGAGUGUGUAUUUGUAUUUGUGUUUGGUUUGUGUUUGCGUAUGUGCAUGUGCAUGUGUGUGUAUGCCCCCGCCGUAGCAUAGAUACAGAGAUACCUACACAUUUUCAGCGCCAGCCGCCUGAAAAGUGAAAACAAACCAGGCCAGCGCAAAUUGAAAGUUCUUCAAUUUGAACUCGACAAAGAAAGGAAAUCGAAUUCCUUGACUCUCUAGAGAGAUUUCUUGGCAUAUUUGUUGCUUGAAAAUACGACGCACAAUCUACAAGGCGACCAUGUCGACGCUGCCAUUCCUGCUGAGCGUGGCCGACGAGCUGGACAACAUCCACACACAAUCCUAUCUGGACGACUUCGGCUUGGGCUUCCAUCCGCACCGUCAGUACUAUCGCACGCCCACCAUUCAGCUGUCGCUGCCAGCGAGCACAGACUGGACUGGACGCGCCGAUUGGCAGGGACGACAUGCGCGCUAUCGCAGCUACAAGUUCUACGAUGAUUCGGAGAACAAUCUGGAGGAGGAGCAGCAGUCGGAGGCGGAGCAGCAGCAGCAGAAGCGGCAGCAGGAGCAGCACAGCCUGCAGCUGGAGCAGCAGGACAUCAGCCAGGAGCAGGUGCAGCAGCAAAAGCAACUGCUCCAAGCCCAUACUGCCACCAUGGUUAAGUCGAACUCACAUGACGUGGGCGUGGGUGGAUUGGGUCUGAAUCUGAGGGCCGGCGAGGAGGAGGACGACGAGAACAUCGAUCGCACCGUGCGCAUGUACAAUCUGUCCAAGAAGUGCUGCAAGAACUACUAUCGGCAUGCCUUGGAGAUGGACGGACCCGGCGCCAGUGGCCGGAGCAAGUGCAGCAAUGCGCGCACCGAAUGCCAUCAGUCGUUCUCCAGCUCCGAGGAGAGCCUGCAGAAGGUGCCCUCGCCCAUUGAGUUCCUCACCUGCUUCCUGGUGAAGAAGACGCGCACGCCCAAAUGCUCCAGCCAUGCUGCUGCUGCCGGCCGUGCGGCAGUCGGGCAGCUUAAAAAAACAUAGAACGCGGCCGCGUUGCUGCCAGCAGCAACGAGAGUGACAGCAACUGCAACUGCAACUGCAACAGCGACAGCCACAGCAACAACAACAACCGCUUCGGUCUCAAUGACAUCGACGUCGGCGUCGAAGCGUCGCAGCAACUGUUUCUGAAUGUUGGCCAGAGUCGGUGUGCUCUGCGGCCAGGCCUGGAGCUGGCUGCAGCGUUGCGGCGAGCUGCCCAGCUCGGAGCCAACGACGUUGCCUGCAACGCGCCUGGGACGGAUUACCUACUAGGCGCAUAUUCCAUAUUGGAUAGCAGGAGGCGUGGCACACGCGACUAACACACACACGCACACACACAGACACACACGCACAAAUACAAUGGCAAAUUGGUUUUAACUAUGGCAAAAGGCUGGCAACAGGAAUUUGCAUAGAGAUUCGUGCGGCGAAGCUUAAUUUGCAGCAAACGCCGCUUGAACUACACACACACAAACACACACGCACACACCGAAAUUGUUUUUUGGAUUCCUUAAUAAUCGUAAAGCAACUCAAAUACAAUACACAAAUUUUUAAGCCAGAGAUUUUUUAACGAAAAUAAUGCGAAUUUGUUAAGCAAACGUUUUUUAUAUGAAUUUUUUGAUACCUAACAAGCAAAACAAACAGAUUACUAUUUAUAUAUACCUUAUAUAUAUACACAUAUUAUAUAUACUAUAUUAUACAUACUUGUACUUGAAAAUAUGGGCAAAUUUAAGGCACAGCCAAACAACAACACUAGCUCACACACCCACACACACACACGCACACACCCACACACGCACAGGAAAAGUUUCGUUUUUCGGGUAACAAAAAAAAAAAAAGGGGAAAAGUUUUUUAUAGCACAGCAAAUGAAGAACUAACAAAAAUUGCAGAAACUUUUCGACAA